AUGUCGUUCAAGAAGGAGGAUGAAAUGUCGUAUCGGCACGAUAAAACAGCUGUGAUUCAGGAGGCUCGUGUGUUCAACCAGUCGAGCAUUAGUCCACGGCGAUGCCGGAUCUUGCUCACCAAGAUCCUGUACCUUUUGUACACGGGGGAGAAGUUUUCUCAGCAAGAAGCGACGGACCUGUUCUUUGGUGCGACCAAGCUGUUUCAAAACAAGGAUGCUGGCCUUCGUCAGAUGGUGUAUCUUGCCAUCAAAGAGCUUGCCCCGUGUGCCCAGGAUGUCAUUAUGGUAACGGCCUCGAUCAUGAAAGAUAUGCAGCCAAAUACCGAAGUCGUGUAUCGACCCAAUGCGAUUCGCGCUUUGAUGCGUGUGAUCGAUCCCAGCAUGGUCCAGGGUAUUGAGCGAUAUCUCAAGUCGGCUAUUGUCGAUCGAAAUCCAAGCGUGUCCUGCGCGGCGCUCGUAUCAUCGUACCAUUUGUUCGUGGAGUCGCGCGAUGUUGUCAAGCGCUGGGGCAAUGAGGUGCAAGAGGCUAUCAAUAUGCGCCCGGCUGUCACACAGAAUACAAGCUCAUUCAGUGGAUUCGGUGGAUUGCACUCUGGCAUUACCCUCCGUUUCGGCGGCGGCGGCAGCGACAGUGCAAGUCAUGCUGUCGAGCAGACGAAUGUCCCAAGUAUGAGCUACUUGAUGCAAUACCAUGCGCUCGGCUUACUAUAUCUGAUGCGUCAGAACGACCGGAUUGCCGUCACAAAAAUGGUUCAACAGCUGGGCCAGCCGAGGCAGGGCGUUGUCCUGCGGAAUCCAUACGCGCUCUGCAUGCUGGUGCGAUACACUGCGAGAAUUGCCGAAGAAGAUCCGAAUAUGCGCGCGUCGCUCAUUCAGCUGCUUGAAGGCUGGCUGCGCCACAAGAGCGAUAUGGUCAACUAUGAAGCGGCGCGUGCGCUCUGCACGAUGCCUGGUGUACCAGCUGAGCCGCAGACGAAAGCGAUCUCGGUUCUGCAGAUGUUUUUGUCCUCGCCACGCUCUGUGCUCAAGUUUGCGGCUGUGCGCACACUUGCCGAGCUUGCACAGCUGCGACCUGCGGCCGUACAAAGUUGCAACGUGGACAUGGAAAGCCUCAUCACUGAUUCAAACCGCGGCGUAGCAACGUAUGCCAUCGCGACACUGCUCAAAACUGGCAAUGAGUCGAGUGUUGAUCGGCUGAUCAAACAGAUCAGUGGAUUCAUGUCGGACAUCAGUGACGAGUUCAAGGUCAUAGUCGUCGACGCUAUUCGCAGCCUGUCGUUCAAGUUCCCUUCGAAACAAGCGGCCAUGCUCGGCUUCCUUGCUGGUAUUUUGCGUGACGAAGGUGGCUAUGAAUUCAAGCGCUGUGUCGUGGAAGCCAUCUUCGCCAUGGCUCGCUACGUCAGGGGUUGUAAGGAAGCAGCGCUAAGUCACUUGUGUGAAUUUAUCGAGGACUGCGAGUUCACAAAGCUGAAUGUGCGCAUCCUUCACUUGCUCGGUGCCGAGGGUCCUCGUAUGCCUGAGCCGCACAAAUACAUCCGUUUUAUUUACAACCGGGUCAUUCUGGAAAAUGCCAUCGUGCGAGCCGCGGCGGUUAACAGUCUCGCUAAAUUUGGCGCGUACAACGAGCACCUGACCGCGCGAAUCCGUGUACUCCUGCGUCGCUGCCUUGAAGAUGUUGAUGAUGAAGUACGGGAUCGUGCGACAUAUGCGUUGCACACGCUCGAGCCUCCGUCCAUGCCUGUCAUCACGUUGGACGACACGCCAAAUUUGCAAGUGCUUGAGCAAAGCCUGCAGUCAUACGUGGAUUCUAUGGCCACGUCUGCACCGUUUGAUUAUGAGAGUGUGCCUCGCGCGCUUGAUGGGCCAGAGACAGAGAGUGGGCCUGCAUCUGACCCGCUUCUUCCGACCGGCGGGGCUCCGGGCACUGCUGGUGCUAUGAUGGGCGUUGAAGGUGGCACGGGGGGUGUCAUGGCUGGCAUCGGUGGCGAAGGGGCUGGCUUAUCAGCAGCGAAUACUAUGGGAGCUGAGGCAUCUGGUCUUGAUGCCUAUGCAGACCACGCUACAGAGCUUGCCAGUAUCGCAGAGUUCGCGUCAUACGGCAAACUUCUGACAACCUCGCCAGUCAAUGCACCUGUGCAACUGACCGAAAGUGAGACGGAGUACAUUGUCACAGCAUACAAGCAUGUGUUUGCUGAGCACAUCGUUCUGCAGUACAAUGUCACAAAUACGCUUGCCGAGAUUGUACUGGAGGAUGUCGUUGUGGUCGUCGGGGGACUGAUGGAAGCAGGCCUCGAAGAAGAGUUUAUUUUGCCCAUCCCAUGUCUCUCGAGCGCGACGCCCAGUGGCAAGGUGUAUGUGUCGAUCCGACGUGACCCUAGCCUGCCGUUCCCACUCGCGACACUCACCAACACGCUUCGCUUCGUGUCGAAAGAGGUGGACCCGUCCAGUGGCGAGCCCGAGCCUGAAGGAUACCAGGACGAGUACCAGACGGAAGAGCUUGACGUUGGUGUCGCUGACUUCCUGCAGCCUGUGGAACUCGACUUUGCUAUGACAUGGGACACACUACCGGCCUCAGCCAGCGAGACAUUCGCACUGACAGCGCUCGAGAGCCUCGAUGCAUCAUGCUCGACGCUCGUUGAGCUCUUGGGCAUGCAAGCGCUCGGCGGGACAGACGUGCCAGCUAACCCUAGUGUGCAUACCAUGAUGCUGGCUGGACUCCUUGCAUGCCCAGGUGGUCUCGAGACCGUUCUUGCGCGCGUACGCAUGAUGCACCAGCCAUCCGAAGGCGUCACAAUGGAGCUGUCGGUGCGCGCGCCGAGCGACGAGGCUUGUCUGUUCAUACUGUCUGCGAUUGCAUAG